UUUCAAGUGCCGGAAGGGCCGGGCCUGCGCGCUCCGGGCAUCUGGGGGCCGGCGCGGGAGGGGCUUGGAGCCGGUCUUUGGUUCCGGUUUUCCUCCUUUUCUGAGCCUCAUGGAGUAAACCGGAACGUGCAAGGGCAGAGCGACGGACAGACCCACCCUAGGUUCCCCCCACAUGUGUUUGGCUACGAGGGCCCCUAUUCCUCUCUGGACCCCGCCCAUUAAAGCAGUUUAAGGGUACGCCUGUAUGGAUACAUCUUCCAGAAGAUUCUCGACUGAGUGAUGUGAGACUUUCAGGAUUUGCUGGAAACUACAGCCCAACCUCCCGAUGCAGUCGGAAUCCAGGCGGUGUGAAGAGGAGACCCCUCCCCUCUUAUGGGGUUUGGAUCCUGUGUUUCUAGCCUUUGCCAAACUCUACAUUAGGGAUAUCCUGUACUUGAAGGAGUCUCACCAGGUGCCAGGUAUAUUUUUUUACAAUGGGCAUCCAAUAAAACAGGUAGAUAUCUUGGGAAAUGUAAUUGGAGUGAGAGAAAGAGAUGCUUUCUACAGUUACGGAGUGGAUGAUAGCACUGGAGUUAUAAACUGCAUCUGCUGGAAAAAGUUGACCAAUACUGAGUCUUCCUCAGCUGCUCCAAGUGCAAGACAGCUGAGCUUAACCUCACAGUUUAAGAAGCUGCAAGAGACCACUGAGCAGAGAACAAAGGUGGAAAUUGGGGACGUUAUCCGGAUCAGAGGUUGUAUCCGCACGUACAGAGGAGAGCGAGAAAUCCAUGCCUCUGUUUAUUAUAAAGUGGAUGAUCCAGUGUACAACAUUCAAAUUGCAAGGAUGCUUGAGCUGCCCAGUGUCUACAGGAAAGUUUAUGACCAACCUUUCCACAGCCCAACCCUAGAGAAAGAGGCACUAAGCAGCAAUCCGAGCGCCCUGGACCUUUCCAGUCUCACGUGUUUGUUGAGUGAAAAAGUCAAAGAAUUCCUUGUGAAGAACAGAAUGCAAACCUUUUAUCAGCAGGAGUUGGAAAUUGUGGAGUCUCUGCUGUCCCUUGCCAAUCAGCCCGUGAUUCACAGUUCCUGCUCCGAGCAAGCAGAUUUUAAGAAUGAUACCACCUCCAAGGAAAUUCACAGUAUAUUUAAGGAUGCUAUCAAGCUGCUGCAGGACAAAGGACUCGUUUACCAGAAAGAUGGUUUUGAUCAACUAUUCUAUGUAACCAGAGAAGACAAAGAACUGCACAGAAAGAUCCAUCGUAUCAUUCAAGAAGACUGCCAGAAACCAAACCACGCGGAGAAGGGCUGCCACUUCCGGCACAUCUUGGCCUGCGCUCGCCUGAGCCUUAGCCAGGGCCUGAGUGAGCCUGUGCUGCAGCAGGUGCUGGAGCUGCUGGAGGACCAGAGUGACAUCGUCAGCACAAUGGAACACUACUACGUAGCAUUCUGAGGACAGGCCACGGGCAGGCGGGGCCAAGGAGAAAGACCAAGUGGUGUUCACUGCCAGGCUCUGAUUUGAAACAUCAUGCAGACGCUUAUGGGUCUGGAGGCAAUUAGUUCAUAAUCAACUAUGAAAUGUGGUCAUUUGAGGAAUCGAAUUUGGCAUGCAUUCUGUAGGCUUCCUUCUACCUGCUGUAUCCUUGGGAUAAAAUGACUUUUAUCUUAGCCACAACAUACAAGAAAACCCUCCCCGUUGAUCUCCUGACUGGAAUGGGCAUCAUUCCUGCAGCAGAAGGAGAGGAGACACUGUUAGUGGCUGAAGCGGUGUGUGUGGAUGAGGCUUUAUGGAGGCACAUCACAGAGUACAGCCCAUGGACUGCAAGAACUGAAGAGCAUACAGCCAGAUCGCACAGAUCUAACACUUUUUAAAAUUUUAGGCUAUCAGGAACAGUCUUGUGGGCCUGUCUUGAUGGUUAAGAGCCCAGCAUAGGGGACCAGCUCUUCCUAGAUGACUGUUGCUGACCUGUGAUUUCCAAGGGUCAAGCACCAGUGGUGGGUCAUGAGUCCUAGGUGAAAUGCUGUUUACAGACCUACCCAGAGAUGGGAAUAAAUGGAUCCAAGGCACGGCUUUGUGUUUAUCAAUUUCCUUAUUUUCCUUCUGAAUUGAAAGAUGUCUCAAUACAUUUCCCUGCACUUGAGGACAUGCGUGACUAAAUACAUUGUCCUCUAAUCCCCUGAAGUUCCCAGAGGCUUUCAGCCAAUUGUCUGGUGGUGGUAGAUACUACUUUCCAGGUUACCAUUGAAUGUGCAAGACCUCCUGACACCAUCCAAACAAAGACUCUGUAUGUGCCCAGACAGGUGAUGGAGGCAAACUUCUCGGAAUGACGAGGUAAAGGGAAAAAAUCUGAGUCACGUAGUAAGCUUGUUCUAACAGCAAGAUGACAAAUCCAGCUAGCAAAAAUAAAGUGUGGAGAAAGAU